AUGGCGCUCGUCGCCAGGUUGACUGCCCGCUUCAACCAAUACUACGAUGAACGUCCACUACUGACCAUGAUGGUGACCAACGCCAUCCUCGGUGGCAUCGCCGACACUACGGCCCAGACCAUCACUGCCCUGCGACAAAAGGCCAUCCGCAAGCCUGGAGGAGUCGACAAGGACGAUAGGGUCGCCAUCGAGAUCCACGACCUCGACCGAAAGAACCCCUUCUCGGAUAAGGACCUGAUUCCCAACUCGGGCCUGCUGCCUCCCCCUUUCGACUUUGAGCGCCUCACUCGCUUCAUGGCCUAUGGUUUCGCCAUGGCCCCGCUGCAGUUCCGCUGGUUCAAGUUCCUCUCCACGGCGUUCCCCAUCACCAAAAGCAGCGCCUUCGUCCCCGCGAUGAAGCGUGUCGCUUUUGACCAGUUCAUCUUCGCGCCCUUCGGUAUCGCCUGUUUCUUCACCGUCAUGACCGUUGCCGAGGGCGGUGGCCGCCGCGCCGUCUUUCAGAAGCUGCGCGACAUGUACGUUCCGACGCUCAAGGCCAACUUUGCCGUGUGGCCCGCCGUCCAGAUUAUCAACUUCCGCCUCAUGCCGGUGCAGUUCCAGCUACCAUUUGUUUCCACCAUCGGUAUCGCAUGGACCGCCUACCUGUCUCUCUCCAACUCUGCCUCUGAAGUUGACAACCGACCCGCGGCCCGCGACGACGACCACAUCCGUCUUAGUUAG